GCCCACACGAGUACGCACGCCGCGACACGCGCGGGCCUCCCGGCCGCCGUGCGUGUCGCGCACAGCUACCUCCCCCCCGGUUCCCGGCCUCCCGGGCGGCCCACACCGCCGUACGCUGCGCAUCCAUCCAUUGAUCCAUCCAUCCCGAUAACUACCAACCGAACCCCGGCCUCAACAGUGCGGCGCAACGGCACCAGUGUCACCAGCACGCCCCGGUCGCGAUCAUCGCUCGCUCACUCUCGACUGAUAGGUAGCCUUAUCGUCAGAGCCCAGCAGGGGCAGGGAAGAAAGCUAAGGCGCAGCGCGCGAGCGAGUGCAACAGCGCGGCGCGGGACCGUCACGCGCGCCAGCGAGGGAGUAGCGAGGCCAUGGAGGACGACGACGACUUCACCUUCCCAACGGUCGCCGCCGCGCGGGAGCCGGAAGGGCAGCUCGGAGGGCCGCCGGUGGCGCCCCUGCUCCACCAGCUCCCGCUCCCCGACCUCGCCGCGGCGUCGUCCCCUCUCUGGCCGUUCGCGGGCUCUCCGAAGGUGACGGUGACCGCGGACGGAGACGGUCGCCGUGCCGACGAGGCGGGUGGCGACCGGGAGGAGCGCGGUGCCGCCGCUGACGAGGAGGGGAUGGACCUCCUGUGGGAGGGCGCCACCGCCACAACGGCGGCGCCACAGUCAGCAGGGAGCGGCGCCGUGCAUGCAGCAGAGCCAGAGCCGCCGGAGCCGAAGCCGGCGCCGCGCCGCACCGAGGCGGACGGAGACGACAAGCGGCGCGCCGCAGCCGUGGCCGACGCGGAGAGGAUGGACAAGCUGUGGGAGAGCUUCAACGAGGAGCUCCUCCUCCUGCGGCGCCCCCGCACCAAGCCCGCCGCCGAUCGCAACAAGGACUGCUAUCUCUGCAGCUACCCGCCGUCGGACGACGCCGACGACUCCGAGGACACGUCCGCGUCGUCCCCCGCGGAGCGGCGCGGGUACGGGUGCGCGCCCACGAUGCUGCGCGCCUCGUCGCGCGCCGGCGGGGCGGGCCAGUUCUGCGGCGGCAGCCCUCGCGGCGGGCGGCGGCGCGGCGGAGGCCGCGGGGCCGCGGCCGGGUGGGCGCUGCUGCUCAGGCUGUUCCGGAGGCUCUUCGCCGUCGACAAGGCCACCACGGUGUCCCGCACCCACGCCACCAUCUACGUGCCGUGACCAUGAUGCUCUAGCGAUGCACACGGUACCAUCAUCCAAUUUGCAGCAGAGAUUCUUACGUACGGCGAUUACAGUUUACUUUUCUUCGUCAAGAAGAUGUUGAAAAUUAGCUAGGUCAUGAGUUAACCAAGUGCUUGUACCACCCUCCCAUGAACAACUAGAGAGUUGAUGAGUAAAUAUCGGAAUCUGCAGGGAUGAAGAUCCUUUCGUCCAA